GGCGAUGAAUAAAGAAGCUUCAGAUCCUUCCCCACUGAGGCGAUCGGUCCUAUGGUUGUGGAUGGAUUUGUAAACCAGUCUGUUCAAGCUAGGAUAGCAUGGCGAUGACAGCAUCCUCGUGGUGGACUUGUGCCCUCAGGCUACGCCGAUGCGACGAUGUUUGCUCCAGCGCCGACGUGAAGCUUGGGAGGUAGUCCAAGAGCGGAUGUAAAUUGUUGUUUGCAUUGUUGGCAUCUAGAGGAUGGUGGAUCGUGUGUUGGGGUUGUGGUUCAUGGCUGGUAGGUAUGGUUUCCUCCUCCGACGUCUUAGUCUUGCAGAGGUGCCAGAUUUGGAGCUCGACGAUGUGUCUGAGGUGUUGCCCCCAUCUGAUUCAUUCAAUGGCAAUGACUCCGCCUUUGGUGAGCCACCUUGAAGGUCCGCAAAGCUGCAUCAAAGAUGGAGCCAUGUCGAGCUCGGCUAAGAAGGUGAUUCAUCAUUUGUUUUCUUUGGUGGCUGUUGUAGUGGCGUCGGAGGUAGAUGACUGACAAUGGUGUCAAGCUCAAGAAAUUCUCCGGUCUUGAUUGUAAUUUUCUUUCUUGGUUGGUGACAUUUAUUUUAGAGGAGAGAAAAUAUAAAUGAGACACGUAUAACCAUGAAAAAAAUUACAAGUAGAAAAAAAAUAAGUAACAUGGCCCACUCGUUUCUCUCCUACAGUGUGCAAAUCACAGACCAGACCACCAAGCAAAGCUGAAUCAGAACACUCCAAUGUCAACGCCAAGAAGGGUGGUCGUCGUCGCCGGCCAGAGCCUAAGCCACCUCAUCUCCAUGCUGGAGUUCGCCGCGAUGUGCCUCCGUCGCGGCCUCGCGGUGACCGUCGCCGUCCCGGACCCGUCCCUCACCGCCCCGGCCUUCCGCUCCACCAUCGGCCGGUACGCCUCCCGGCUCCCCACCCUCUCCGUCCACUCCCUCCCUCCCCCUCCCGCCCUCGACGCCGCCUCCGCUGCCGCCCACCCGUUCAUCCGCAUGCAGGCCGCCUCCCGCUCCCAGGCACCUGUCCUGCGGGACUUCCUCCAUAGCCUCCCCGACGUCCACGCGCUCGUGGCCGACAUGCUCGCCGUCUGUGACCUCGACGUAGCCACGGAGCUGGGCAUCCCGGGGCACCUGUUCUUCUCCACAGGCGCCGCCAGCCUCUCCGUCUUCCUCCAAUUGCCUUUGUUUUGCUCCGGGCGCGCCGGAAACUUGAAAGAUCUCGGCGACACGCCCGUGUCGUUCCCCGGCAUGUCCCCGAUGCCGGCGUCUCACUUGGUCGACGCGGUGCUCGACAGAGGGACGGACCUCUACGCGACUGUGCUGGACGUAUUCGGUCGGAUCGCGGGUGCGCGCGGCAUUCUGGUGAAUACCUUCGACGCGCUGGAGGGCUCAGCGGUGUCGGCGCUUAGAGACGGGCGCUGCCUGCGCGGCCGCGCCACGCCGCCAGUUUACUGCGUCGGGCCGUUGAUCGCGGAGGGGGAAGAGGAGGAGGAAAGACACCCAUGCCUCCCGUGGCUGGACGUGCAGCCCGAGCGUAGCGUCGUGUUCCUCUGCUUCGGCAGCCGAUGCACGGUGUCGCUCCAGCAGAUCGGUGAGAUGGCCAAGGGGCUGGAGAAGUCCGGGCACAGGUUCUUGUGGGUGCUGCGCGCGCCUCCUGCCUUCGCCGCAGCCGGCGGCGGACCGGACGCGGCGCUGUCUCUUCUCCCGGAGGGGUUCUUGGCCCGGACCGCGGACAGGGGCUUCGUGGUGACUGCGUCCUGGGUGCCUCAGGUGGAGGUGCUGCGUCACUCAUCCACUGGUGCGUUCGUAACCCACUGUGGAUGGAACUCGACGCUGGAGGCGGUGGUCGCCGGUGUGCCAAUGGUGUGCUGGCCGUUGGUAGCCGAGCAGUGGAUGAACAAGGUGUACAUUGUCCAAGAUAUGAAGGUUGGCGUGGAGGUGAGAGGGUAUAAGCGCGGGGGCCUUGUCAGGGCCGACGAUGUUGACGCGGCGGUUAGGCAGAUCAUGGACAUGGAGCCGGAGAGACGGCGAGCACUCGAGGAACGGAUCAUGGCGGUAAAGAAGAGCGCUCAAGCAGUAUGGAAGGAAGAUGGCUCCUCCUGUACCGCGUUCACCGAGUUUAUGAUGCAAACGGAGUAACCAUUGUAAUCAUUAGCAGCAACUAUCCAUGAAGCAAAUGGAGUGAUCAUUAGUUUAUGAAGCAAAGGGACAUCAGCAGCAGAUGCUUAGGUGUGGGUAAGGAUAUGUAAGUUGCACGUUGCAGCAUUGCGCACCAUUGGGUUGUAAUUAAGCUUGAAUUAUAUGAGUAUAGUCCAAUCUGUUGGUCUAUAAUGUUUAUUUUGCUUUUUUUGCGAAUAUGUUUAUUUUGCUUUGAUUCUAUAUAUGUGGGAAAUGAGUGUUAUUU